GAAUUGAUAGGGAAAAUAGUGGAAGGGAGGAGGGAGUAAAAAGAAAAAGAAAGCAAAAUUGUAUGGGUGGCCGUGGCGCCAUCUUAUCUCUUUCAAAACAGAUAGAAACUGGGGAUUAAUAGGAGCUGAUGAUAGUGAUGGGAUUAAGGUGAUACAGAAAUGAGGAACAUGGCUAUGGCUAUGGCUAUGGCUAUGGCUUUGCCUUCUUCAGCAUCACCAUUUCUUUCUUCUACUCAAAAGCAAGCUUAUUUCACCUCAUCAAGAAAGUCCCUCCAUCGUUUUGUCACUCUUUCUACUCUCUCUGAAUCUGAUGAUCUCUUCCUGGCCGCCAAACACACAGUGGAUUCAUACGUGAAGAGUGGUAUGGUAGUUGGAUUGGGUUCAGGUCAUUCUUCUGCAUUGGCUAUACAGUAUCUAGGUCAGAAACUACGAGCUGGUAAUAUAAAAGAUGUCACUGCCAUUCCUACAUGUGUUAGCAGUGCAAGUGAAGCAGCAAAGGCAGGAAUCCCCUUGGGACAGUAUCAUGAUAGUUAUAAGAUUGAUCUAGCAUUUGAUGAAGCUGACAUUAUGGAAGAAGAAACACUUGCUGCAAUAGUUGGUCGUCGAAAACUGCAGGGAGAUGAUUCUAUAAUUAAAGAGAAGACUAUUUUGGAAGCAGCUGAUCAACUGAUAUUUAUUAUAAAGGAAAAGCAAUUCAAGGGCAGUGUAGAAGGUUCAAUUCCAGUACUAAUCAAAUCUGUUAACUGGCUUGAAAUAGCUGAAGAAAUAGACGACCUUUUCUUAGGGGAUGCAGAGGUUUGGAGGAGGCCAGCUAUAGGAUAUGCAGGUCCACUUGGAGGUGAUUUCCCUUUAGUCACUAAAGAAGGGCACAACAUCCUUGAUGUCAUAUUUACAUCUCCAAUGGAAAGCCUUGUUGAAGUGGCUAAAAUCCUUGAUCAAAUUGAUGGUGUUGUGGAACAUGGUGUUAUCUUCAGGAAACCGUGCACAGCAAUCGUUGCCUCAGAAAAUGGGCUGCAGAUUGUUGAUAACACAGUUCAGAUGGAAUCAAGCAACCUAUAAAGGAGAAAAGCUUAGCAUUGUGAUGCUGUAAUCUUUGAGUCUUUAUCUCACUCUCCACUGUUUUCUAUUUCAAGUGUUCUGUAACUUUUAAAAUCCGGGAGAAGGCUGAGAUCUUUGAGUUGUAUUUUACGUUCUUUUUAUUGGGGAUGCUUUGUGAAACUAGUAUGUUUUUACAAUUUGUCUUCAAAAGUCGGAAGAGAAGAAAAGUGUGGAGAAUUUUCUAUUCCCCCUUCUUGCUGGUAACAGGCAAGAAUGUAAAUAGAGAUAGAAACUUGCUUCAUCCUAUUGGUUAAAGAGCUGGACAUCAAGUUUUUUUCCUCUCCA